AUGCUCACCGCUCUGCGGCGCCUGGUACCCCGCGUGGUGCCGACUGCGUCGAGCACCCCGGCGCUUGAGUCGCCGCUGCGGUCGCCGCUGUCGCAGCUGCGGUCGCCGUUGUGGUCGGCGCUGGGGGCGGUGCGCGAGAAACAGACCAAGGUCCAGGCCUAUUGGAAGCCGGCCCGCGCCAAGCCUUGUGGGCAGCGAGUGCCCAACAAGGGCCACAUCGGGCUCAAGGCCACCCCGGCGGAGUACGUGGAGCAGAACCGGGUCAUCGUCAAGCAGCGGACAUACCUGGCGAAGAACCCACAUGUCACGCGGAAGCGGCAUUUCAAGUACUACCCAGGAGUGAACGUCACCGUCAUGAAGAACACCUCUCUGAAAGCGGCAGUCAGUGGCCGUGUGAAGCUCACCCACGACGUCACUCGCGACGUGAUGAUCAUGAACGUCCUGGCGGAGCCCCGAGAGGAGCUUCAGAGGGACGACUUGUGGCGGUACCGCACGGAGCACGUGGAGUCCAACGAGGAGAACCGAGAGCUUUGCGCCCUGCGCUGCAAGGCGUUCCAUAUCUUCGGCAAGGACGGUGGCUGGGUGAAUCAGCCGGUGGGGCCCAGACCCAUGAAGCCCAAGAUUUCAAACGGCAACGACCGCUGGAACAAUCCUUGCGUGCGAGACGCACUGGAGAUGGAGCCCUUCGCCUACCCUUUGAGCCGUGACCAGCUUCGGCGCCACAUCCGCAAGGUGCGAGCGCGGCAAGCUGGGGUUCCAGAGGAACAGAACGACCCGGAAUUCCAGAUCACCGACAUCCACUUCAAGAAGUUCCACGGUCAAACUGCCCAGCGCUAG